GAAUAACCUUGUCAGAACCUCUCAUGUUUAAGGUACACAUUGAUUUUUGUUAUCAAACUUUGUUAAAAUUUCGCUCAUCCUUAGUCUAAACAGUGCGUUUUACUUCAAUUAAAACGCUUUUUUUACAUUACUUGACAUAGAUACAAUUGGAUUUAAGAUUAUUCUCGAUGUAAUAACUGGGUUAUGGAAUUAAACUCCAUUAAAACAUAUAUUUUGGGCGUAAAAAUAAUUUUGUUACAUCAGUACAUUUUGCUGUGAUGCAACCAAAUUUGACAAAUAAUGAUUCUUAACAGGCUUAAGGGCAUACUUGGAUUUAUAUUUGCUAUUAUCAAAAGGUCACUUUGUUGUUUUCGUCGCAGGAGGAAAUCAUCAGUGGAUGUUGUGCCUUUAACAGACAUUGGGAUAGUGCCAAACUAUCAGAACCAAGCUGGACCAGAACUGACAAGUUGGAAUACAUGGGAUGAGAUAAAUCAAAGUCCAAGACAGUCAAAGGCAAUCGAAGAGCAUUAUCGAAGAGCCGCCUUGGCCAAACAGGAACAAGAAGAACCUCCACCUGACUACUUCCAGGAUAUGGAGCCAAAGAUAAAACGUCAAAUGAAGGUGAUGGUCAGGAGAAAAGACAACAACCAAAUGCCAUCGAUUUUAUCCAAUGCUCCUGAUGACGUUCCAAUGGAUUCUGGUGAACUUAAGUCCUGGGAAGAGAUGGAAAACCGAGAGGGUGACUGGGCAGAGGGUACUGAAAAGUGGACCAUGGCAGAUGCACUUCGGCAAAGUAGGAAGGAGGAGAAGCUGAAAAAAAACAUGGAACGAGAAAUGAGGAGAUUAGUCGUUUCUUGAAUCCAAACUGAAAGCCUCAAUACGUAAUGCUAUUAUUGCAAAAACAUUUUCUUGAAAAUUUCAAAAACAAAUUAUAUUGUAAUUUAGGCAAGGAAAAUGUUUUUAGUGUAAAUAUGAGGACGAAUAUGAAAUGUUAAUAUUUAUACAUUCUUAUCACUAAUGUGUUAAUGAAAAUACUACGUGCAAUACACAUUUUUAAAAAUA